AAGCUGUGGAUGUGAGUGAAACGUCACACACAAGAAUCUAUGAUGUUCGCUUGAUGUCCAACGUCAAUGCCCUCAGCAACAGUGUCCUUGGCCGUGCACUCAUUCCAGAAUUUAUUCCACCUGGGAAACCCACCGGUGAGCGUAUUGCUGUGGAGUAUUUGCUGGCUCAGUCUGACAAAGGAGAUCUGCUGAAUCCACAACAGCACAGUGAACUUGGCAUCAUUCUGCCAGACCUGCAGGUAGAAGUUCAGGAGGAGCAGUGUCUUGAUCUCACAAUAAGUGAUCCAGCUGACGUCCUCAUUGAGAGACCACCUGAAGUCACCUAGUGUGAUGACCAGCUGGAUAUUGCACCGCCUCAGAAUCCUUUACUACCUGACGACUCACCCAACACAUCAUCUCUGGACACCGGUUUUGAUGUAAGCAGUGUCUCUUGCAGUCCUGUCAGUCCAGCCAGUAGUUUACCUGCAGAGGACAAUUCCUCUAGUAGACCCAGCACAUCAGUCCAGGAAAGCCAAUGUGAUUCAAGAGGUUUUCCUGGCUGGGAGGCAGUUGAUAACCUGGCGAAGUACCUUGUGAACCUCAACCGCACAAUAACUGCUUUGUCAGCCACAGAAACAGCUGAGAUUGUGCGGCUGUAUUCUAGAUUGCAUGAAAUGGACAAGACUCCCUCCAAAUAUUCCCUGAAAAGCAAGAAGAAGACCUUGCCAGGGCCAUGGAGAGCUUCCAGGAAACGCAGUGGCUCUGCACCUGGUCAACAAGCAGCUGAAAGACUAUUUAUGACCCAUGGCCAGGCUGCCCAGAGACCUGAUUUCAACAGGACUUCAGAAUGUGUUUCCCUCAGGCUUUUGAAGGAGUUUGCCCAAGCUAGAAAUAGGCCAAGAGACUGCAAGGGUAAAACCCUGCCCAUUCCACAGUCUAUUGUACAAGCUUACGGUCACAUUAAGCAACUUUUUGAAGACAGCCGGGUGAUACAGGAGCAGACCAACAUUGUGCUUGUUACUAUCAACAACACCACAGUGUCUUCUUGGUUGCAUGACAGGCAGAAAAGAACUAACCGGGACUCGUUGCUGCAAGGCGCACAGCUACCCCAGAAGGUCUCUGUGGCUAAGGAUCCGCUGCCACAAGCAAGAGUAAUUCCUUCUACACCCGUGGAACAUGGACAUGCAAAAAUACAGUUUCAGGAGCCAGAAAAUCGUGAAGAUGAGGCAGUGAUACGCCCACGCCACAGCUUCAGAAGUGGAUCGGCACUGGCACAGCACUAUCCUCUUGGGUCGUAUGAAUGGCCUGCCUCUUCUGCCUUGUUGUCCUCACAUCAGCAGGAACACACUUCCCCAGCCCCAUUACCUGCCUGUUCCUCUUACCAGCAGGGUCAUCCACCACCAGCCCAACCUCCUGUCUGGCCCACUUACCAGCAGGAUCAUCCGCCACCAGCCCAACCUCCUGUCUGGCCCACUUACCAGCAGGGUCAUCCACCACCAGUCCCAUCUCCUGGCUGGUAUCAGCAGGGUCAUCCGCCACCAGCCCAACCUCCUGUCUGGCCCACUUACCAGCAGGGUCAUCCACCACCAGUCCCAUCUCCUGGCUGGUAUCAGCAGGGUCAUCCGCCACCAGCCCAACCUCCUGUCUGGCCCACUUACCAGCAGGGUCAUCCACCACCAGUCCCAUCUCCUGGCUGGUAUCAGCAGGGUCAUCCGCCACCAGCCCAACCUCCUGUCUGGCCCACUUACCAGCAGGGUCAUCUGCCACCAGUCCCAUCUCCUGGCUGGUAUCAGCAGGGUCAUCUGCCACCUGCCACUUCUCCUCCCUUUUCCUCACAAUCACCUCUCAGCAGUACACCAUCAGAUCAGUCUUUAGUCAUUUUCAAUCGACACCGACAGUGGAGACGGCAAAAGGCAGCACUUGAAGACGAGGAGCGUUUGGCAAGAGGGGAGCCACCAAAGAAGCGUCAAACAAAGGAACAUUACCAUUAUCAGUGUAAACUAUGUGGCCAAUCAAAAAGUAAACUCACUGGCCAUUCCCAGGUUAGAGGAAAGUGGUACUGUCCAGCAUCUGGACAGACCAUUGCAGAGUGGAAAGACUCUCUUUAGGCUUUUUGUCGUGAUUGAGUACACGUUUAAAUCAGCUCUUUAAUUUUUA